UGAUGGUUUGUAUCUCACACCCAGAGUUACACCAUAGGCUGGAUUAUCCUCUGUGUACAAUCUUGGCCUGGCUCUGCGAUGUGAUCUAAACUGAGGUUGUUACCUUUUGAACACAAUGCAGGCAAUAGAAAUUCCAAAAGUAAUGAUUCCAAUUAAUGCUGCACCACUUCCAAUACCAAAUAUAGCAGCAGUCUUGAUUAAAGUCGGAACU